CUGUCUCUCGUAGCUGGCAGAACUGAGGCGGCGGGGAAUCGGACGCGAUUUCUACCUCAGGCUCCCCACUUCAUGGCGGCCCGCCGGCUCCGGGAAGUCUGGCGACUGGGAGCGCGGGGAGGGCUGAGGCCGCGAGCGCCCCCGACCGGCUGUUCCAGGUACAUGCCGUCCUGUGGGAUUUUGAUGAUCCGUGCCCCCCAAGCUGUCAGCAGUGCCGAUUGGGAUCUUAGUGCUCAGCACAGCCGGACGUUUAUCAACUUUACAGGGCCUUUCACCAACAAACGGAAGGAAUAUUCGGAAAGGAGGAUCCUUGGUUACUCCAUGCAGGAGAUCUAUGAAGUUGUGUCCAAUGUGGAUGAAUAUAAGGAAUUUGUUCCCUGGUGCAAGAAAUCAGUUGUGGUCUCUAAGCGGACAGGCCACGUGAAGGCCCAGCUGGAAGUUGGGUUUCCUCCUGUUGUGGAACGUUACACAUCCAUUGUGACACUGGUGCGGCCCCAUCUAGUAAAGGCGGUCUGCACUGAUGGGAAGCUCUUCAACCACCUGGAGACCAGCUGGCGUUUCAGCCCUGGCAUUCCUGGCUACCCCCGCACGUGUACAGUGGACUUCUCGAUUUCCUUCGAGUUCCGCUCCCUGCUGCACUCGCAGCUGGCUACCGUUUUCUUCGACGAGGUGGUCAAGCAGAUGGUCGCUGCUUUUGAACGCCGGGCGGCAAAGAACUUCGGUCCCGAGACCCGCAUUCCCCGAGAGCUCAUGUUCCACGAGAUCCACCAGACGUGAAGGGCUCCCUGCUGCUUUGGUGGCCACGCGGACACUGUGCUGGGGUGUGCAUUCAUGGCUUCCCCAGCCCCUCUGUUUUUAUCUAUUUAUUUGGUUUCUCCUGGUAUCCUGUCUUAAUUUAUCCACUGGGCCUGGUGUGAUGAAGAGAGACUUUUUCCUAAGGAAAGGGCCAGGUGGUCAUGUUACCUCCGGAGCAACCUCUUAACUGUCUGUUUUGCCUAGUCAUGCUCUUAUGCUGGGUCAUACAUACAUAUUUUGUUUUGUAGGACUUUCUUUGAAGCCCUUCUCCUCCCCUCCCCGUUAAUCCCCCAGUCUGUGGAUCGUCUCCCAUCCCAUUCUCCGCCCAUUUUGUAUGUGCCAGCAUGUGCCAGCCUGUCUUAGGCUGAGGACAGUGCCGAACCCUGUUUCUCUGGGGAACGGGGUGGCUGAAGCUCACAGCAUGUGGUCGUGUGUUCUCUUUCUGUGCCUAGUGAAGGGCCCAUUGGAAAUCGUGCCUCAUAAAUCACUUGAUUUUAAAAAAAAAGGAAAGGAAGAAAGCCCUGAACUGGACUGCCUCUCGACAACAGAGAAUAAGCAUGGAGAGGCUGUACUUUUUGUCUGGCAGUCUCCUUAGCUGUUAGCGGUUGGAUUUGCCAGACUCUGCUGGUUGAACGUUGGUUUGGAGUGCAGUAGCGGAAAUGCAGGCGUGCUGGAGAGGAGCAGGCAAACAGUACAGAGUGGCUGGUGCCUGUUACUGAGGGUGCUGAUAGAGGGUGCUCUGCGGUUGCUGCAUUCUUUGAGGCUGUGCGAAGCUAACGUCGUACUUGUGCUGAAACAUCAGGCUGGGAUUCUUCUUCCUUGCCCAAUCAGUACCAUAUCACCACUAGGCUAUCUAAGGGAGAUUAGCACCCAGCCAGCUGCCCCGUGUCUUCCUUUUGGUUGACAGCAGAGUGCAGAGUAGCAAACGAUGAGUGCCAAAUAAAGGGCCAAGGGGAAGAUAUGGCCCUCUUGGAGCCGGAAUAGUUUUAGAAAUGUUAGAAGACACACUCCAAAUGGGUGCACAUUUGCGGUGGGGGAAAGAGAAAGGAAGCAGGAUUACUUGCUUGUUGGGAGUGCAACCAGAGCUUUCUGCAGAAAUUCAGAUUCCUCUGUCCUCCUGUUUCAUUAAAACCAAUGUCCAACACUCUUGAAAGGUCACCUAAAACCCAGAGGUGGGUAUUUUGGUUGCGGCCUUUUGAAGUGCUGUGCCUACGGCACCUUUGGGAUUAUUGAGACAGUGGGUUGCAUGAGCCUGCCAGCGCUCCCCUAGCUGCUUUCUGCUUUGCAUUAUGGGAAUGGAAUAUAACAUUAUCAGGCUGGGGGCUGCUGCUUUGAGGACAGGGCUUCCACCUCCACAGAAGCAUGGUCCCUCUUCCAUCAAAUAUUUCCACACAGGGAGAGUGACUAUGCCUUGUGCAGCCCACUUGAGAUGAAGCGCCACCCGUGGGGAGUGAUUAGCAUGCCAGUUUCCAGCUGGCUUGUGGGAAGGUGCUUAGUUGGGGUGUGUAGAUCCCAGCUGCAAUUCUAAGUCUUGCAGAGUCUUGAAAGCUGCAUGUUGAGACCAACCAUGCCUGCCCAGCAGCUGUCCCUGAAAUUGCCUGCUGUUCCCAUGACCACCAUUGUGGGUCUCCCCAAAUCCCACCCUGCACCUUUCCCUGGUGCAGACAUCCAUUUGUGUUGCCUAUUUUGCUGUAAACUCGCUACCCUGUUUUGAGCGGGAAAAAGGAGUUUAUCUACGUUUAGACGCACAUUUUGCACAAGCGGCGUGGACACAAGCACACGACUGCUGGGGUUGAGCCCUGCGAUGUGGGCUUGGGGUAUUCCAGGCCCUAUUGCUUCCAAGUUUCAGGCGCCAGGGUGUUUGUGUGCUUGCUUUUAUGAAGAUGUCAUGUUGCAUAACUUGGGGUGAGAGUGAUCACUAUGUUUUUCACAGAUUCCUGUGGCUCUCUGCUCAGCGGAAGGAGGAAGAUAGGUUAAAACGGCAGGUUGAGGGGAAAUAAAGUAGGUGGAUGAACCGUG